AUGUUGGGGGAAGAUCUCGUCAUUUAUUAUAAUGACUCCAUCGACUCAGAUAACCUGGCCGCGGCUAUGGCCUUGUACAGGGCCACACACUGGAUGCCGACCGUCCACGUGCUUUGGAUUCUAGAGCCCCGUCAAGUGUGUUUUGGACUAUCCAUGACUAUGGAUCAGAUCACCAGAUGCAAGGAAUUGAUAAAACUGCAUUUUCCGUCCGUCGAGAACCCUUUCAAGACCCUUUUGAACGGAGAUAUCAAACAGCAGGAUAUUGAUGAUAUCAAAGAUCUGACCAAAGAUGAUCGCAAGAUUCUCGAGAUGGCAGUGAAGCCCAAGUAUGGCUCAAUCGACGACGCUACCUUGCAUGGACGACUUGGUGCACUGGACCUGGCAACUUGUCUUUCCGAGUGGUCUAAUGCUAACCCCGUCGAAGUUCUUGUGGACUACGAGACUCUGAAACAUAUCGAGAACCCAGUGAAUCUGCACAUGCAUCACCAUGAAGAACUUGUCAACCGGACUGAAGCUGAGCUGAAUGAGUACUACGACAUCCUGAAGAAAGUGUCGAAUCCUGACCUUCGAACCGAUGACCUGAGAGCUUGGUAUCACGAGUGUAUCAGGAAUCUCGAUCGUCGUGUUACGCUCUCACGCAUUUCAGUGGGAGGACUCGACUUGGACAACGUUUUGAAUCGGAUCAAGAACGCGGGAAGCGUCAAUUUCUUUGGGGGUUCUUCGUUAAGAAUCCUACAACAGUUCCUCGAUAGAGGUGUAGCCAGCAAGAUCAAAUGCCACUUGCAAGUGGGUUCCUGCGACAUGUCAGCCAAUCUCUUCUCCAACCAGUUCAACAUCGCCCUCAACCAACAAGCAGCUAAGAUCGUUCUCAGCCGAUCUGCAGAAUUUGCGGAGUUCACCGUCGUGCCUUCACAUACGGCGCAGAGCAUAAAAUACUCAGUCCUCGCUCUAAAGAAAUAUGGAGGCCACUGUAUCGAGAAGCGAAUUCUGGGCUUUAACUGCCAUGAGGAUCCCAUCAAGAUCGUCACAAAUCAAGUUUCACUUGAGCAAAACUACCCUGAAAAAACCUACUCCAUGCCGGACUUGACCUCGUUUUUGUGUGCACUUGUUCCAGACAAGACGGGCUCCAAGCUAGGGUAUAUCGAGGUCGAUGAACAGGAGGGCGGUACACUUCUUUUCAAAAAGUCUGACAAGGGCAUCCGUAUGCUUGAUCUGGACGGCGUUCAGGAGUUCCAUGAGAAAAAGAUGAAGGAUAUUUUCGACUUAUUGUCAAGUCGCACAGUGAUGAUGCUGUGA